UAGCAGCAACAACUCCCAUUCCCAAAUCUCUUUUUAGCCUUUUCUUCUCUCCUCUUUCUUCAACCUCAAUUCUGCACUUUCUCUCUCUUCUUCAGCUCUGCUUUAAUGGAGCUUACAGCAACCAACUCGUAACUCCAUUUUUUUUCCUUCCAUUCUUCAGAGUGUUCUUCGUUUUCCAUUUCUGCGUUUUCUGUUCUAUAAUCGGAGAAACCUUUUCCGACGACAUGGACUGUGGCAAUUUCUUCGACCAAAUCGACGACCUUCUUGAUUUUCCUACGGAGGAUUUCGACGACGACGACGGCGCGUUAACCACAAACGCCGCCUCUUUCCCUCCCAUUUGGUCUUCUGCCUCCUUGCCUCACGCUGCCGAUUCGGUGUUUUCCGGCAAUACUCCUCACUCUGCCCUCUCUGUUCCGUACGAAGACAUUGAUCAAUUGGAAUGGCUUUCAAAUUUCAUUGACGAUUCCUCCUCCGGCGCUGAAACCCUAACGAUCAACACUUCUUCUUUGUCGCCGGCGAACCAAUUUCAGAUCUCAAGUCCAGUCUCCGUUCUCGACAGCAGUAGCAGUAGCAGCAGCUCGUGCUCGGGCGAAAAGAAAACUCUAGCUGUUGCUGGUAAACGCGGUCGCGCUCGCAGCAAGCGAUCUCGGCCACCGUCCUUUAUUCCUCGGCCGCCGCAGCUUAUUUCACCGACGAAUUCCGGCGGUAAGGUUUCAUCGGACUCAGAGAACUACGGUGAGUCCUGUUCUGCUCCGCCGCUGCCGGUUAAGAAGACGAAGAAGAUUAAGUUGUCGUUUCGACGAGAUCAAAACGAUGCGUUUAGUCCACAAGGUGUGAGGAAAUGUUUGCACUGUGAAGUGACGAAGACGCCGCAAUGGCGAGCUGGACCAUUAGGGCCUAAAACUCUCUGUAAUGCUUGCGGCGUUCGUUACAAAUCCGGCCGCCUCUUCCCCGAGUACCGGCCGGCGGCGAGUCCGACUUUUGUUCCGUGUUUGCACUCCAAUUCGCACAGGAAGGUUCUCGAAAUGAGAACCAAACAAGAGGAAAUCGCCGUGGAGACGGAGUUGCCGACAGAGCUCAUCCCGAAUACAAACAGCGGCAUCGUCCUCGGAUACGUAUGAUCGGAAAAUCUCCAUCGCCGCCGUGCCGCCGCCGCCCUCUCUGUUCCUUUAUUGUUCUCUGAAUUUCUUUUUUCUUUAUUGGUUAUUAUACAAAAAUGUGAAAAAUAGUUUAGUAAGGUUAUAGAGAGAUACAUGAAAGGUGAAGAGGACUAGGGUUUUUUAGUUUGUAUUAUUUGCUAUUAGGUCCUUUAACUUACUAGAUAUUGCUUUUUGGGGGCUUCCUAUUUUUUUUGUUUCAUUUAAUGUUUAUUUAUCCACCAUUCUUUUUGCA